GCAAGGCAAGGCAAAAAGCGUUGAAACAUCUGUGGCAGAAACCCCCCAAACAAACCAAGACUGCGAGUGAUGGACGAGAGUCGAGACAGCGUGGAACAAGGCGGCCGCCAACCCCUGCACGUCCUCGUUGGAUGCACAGGCAGCGUGGCCACCAUCAAGGUGCCCGAGCUGGUGGAGAAACUGCGGGCGUCCACAACGGCGGAUGGCCGUGCCAUCGAGGUGAAGGUCGUUGCAACGCACAGGGCGCUGCACUUUGUUGUCUCCCAGGAGGUUGGCGGUAUUGUGACAGACUUGGACGAGUGGGAGUCCUGGAAGAGGAUGGGCGAUUCUGUACUUCACAUUGAGCUGCGGAAAUGGGCAGACAUCUUUGUCAUUGCACCGCUCAGCGCCAACACCUUGGCUAAGAUCAGCAACGGCCUCUGCGACAACCUCCUCACCUGCGUCACCCGGGCGUGGAACUUCUCAAAGCCCAUGAUUGUCUGUCCCGCAAUGAACACAUUCAUGUGGCAACACCCCGCGACUGCUGGCCAGUACCGAGCUAGCUUCAGCCGAUCCCCCUCCACCACACCUGCAAUCCCCUGCGGUUAUCUACCUCGUUUGCGGCCCGACAGGCAAGGCGCGCUGGCUGCGGUGGACACCAUCGUCAACGUCGUGCUUGAUUGCGCGGAUGAUGUUAAAGAACCAUCAAAUCAUGAUGCAACACUCUGA